CAGCACGAUGCCCUGCCUCCAGACGUCAUGCGAAAUGAUUUCCUGGUAAGAUACUUCACAAGCUUCGUGGAUAAGUGACACUGCCUGUAUUUCACUGACACCAAGAGUUUCCCCAACUGAUUUUCCUUGAGGUGAAAAUAUGGCAGCAGCUGCAGCACGUGCAUCUGAACUCAGGAUUGUCAUGUUUGGGAAGGAUCAACAUGAAAAGGCAUUACUGACUAACUUCAUCACAGGGAAAAAGGAUUUAGAUAACUUAAAAACAUCUAAGAAAGCUAUUGCCCAGGGAGAAUGGAGGAAAAUACCUCUGUCAGUACUGAAAACAGCCGACGUCUUCAGUCUGUCUCCAGAAAAACUGAGACAUGAAAUAAAAAUGUGUGCUGUUAGUUGUCCCCCUGGACCAAAUGUCUUGCUGUUGGUCGUGAACCCUUCUGACUUCACAGAGGACGACAGACAAAAAAUUAAGAUCAUUCUGAGUUUCUUUGAACAAGACGCCUUUAAAUAUUCAAUGGUCAUCACGACACAAAAUGAUAGUGGAGACAAUCCCUCAGUGAACCAACUCAUCCAAGACUGCAGGCAGCACAGAAUCAACUUUGACAGAAACCACCAGUCUGACAACAAUCAUAAAGAACUGAUGACACAAAUGGAGAAAAUAGUGAGUGAAAAUAGGGGACAACACUUAACAUUUACUGAAAAUGCAGAACCAAUGCUGGAGCUAGAAACUGAAAAACCCUCUCUAAAUGUGCUGCUGUGUGGGAGACAUGAUGCCUUGAAGACCUCAGCAGCUAAUGCCAUUGUAAGUGGAGGAACGUUUGUCCCACCUGCUGAUUCGUCACAGUGUCUCAAGGCAGAGGUGUGUGGUGUUCAGGUUUCCCUGGUGGAGCUUCCUGCCUUGUAUGGAAAACACAAGGGGGAGGCCUUGAAGGAAGCCUACAACUGUGUCUCCCUUUGUGAACCUAAGGGUGUCCACGCCUUCAUGCUGGUCCUACCUUUGGACUGUCCAACUGAUGACAACGACAAGAAAGAACUGGAGACCAUCCAGGACAUUUUUGGGCGCAUAGUCGAUGACUUCACCAUUAUUCUUUUCACUGUGGAGGAAAAACCUACCAAUUCCGCAGCCAUGAAGCUGCUGAGUGAAAACAGACACAUCCAAACACUCAGCCAGAGCUGUGGUGGACGAUAUGUUGUCUUCAACAUCAAGGACAAGCAGCAAGUCUCUGAGGUGUUGCAAUCAAUGAAAACAAUGAGAGGGGUUGAAUCCAGAAGCUACACAAAAGAUAUUUUUCCAAAACCCAAACCAGUUACAAGAAGUAAAUCCGUCUUAAUUGGAUCACAUUCAAACGAUCAGAAUAGAGAAAAUGUGAGCAUGGAGUCAUCCAGGAUGAGACAGAACAGUGAGCCCCCCAAGAUGGUGCAAACUAGUCAGCCCCCCAGGACUGUGCAGAGCAGUGAGCCCCCCAUGGCUGUGGGGAACAGUGCUCAACCCAGGACUGCAAAGAACAGCGAGCCGCUCAGGAUAGUGUUGAUUGGGAAGACUGGCAGUGGAAAGAGCGCCACUGCAAACACUAUUUUGGGAAAACAAUGCUUUCAGUCCAAAGCCAGCAUGAAGUCAGUGACCAGAUUUUGCAGCAAAGAAGAGUGUGAGAUUGAUGGGCGUCCAGUCACUGUGGUCGACACACCUGGCUUAUUCGACACGACUCUGUCCAACGAUGAAGUGAAACAAGAACUUGUGAAAUGCAUCACCAUGUUGGCUCCCGGACCUCAUGUGUUCUUACUGGUGGUCCAGAUCGGCCGCUUUAUGCCGCAAGAAAAAGACACUGUGUCACUGAUCAAGACGUUUUUUGGCAAGAGGUCAGAAGACUUCAGCAUUGUUAUAUUCACGAGAGGAGAUGAUCUUAAAAACCAAACUAUUGAGAAUUACGUUGAAGACAGCGAAGACUUUCUCAAACAGCUGAUUGCUGAAUGUGGAGGAAGAUACCACGUCUUCGACAACAACGAGCAGAACAAUCGCUCUCAAGUCAGCGAGCUAUUGAACAAGGUUGAGCUGAUGGUUAGGAAAAAUGGUGGCAGCUACUACACCUCCGAGAUGUUCCAGGAGGCGGAGGCUGCUAUUCAAAAGGAAAUGAAGAAGAUUAUGCAUAAAAAGGAAGAAGAGAUACAGAGACAAAGAGAAGAACUUGAACGAAAACAUGAGGAAAAAAUACAAGAGAAGAAGCAAAAAUUAGACCAAGAAAGGGCAGAAAGAGAGAAAGCACUCAAGGAAAAGGAGGAACUCUUUAACAAAGAAAAAGAGAAGAAGGAAAGGAUAGAGGAAAAACGAGCCCAAGAGCAAAGAGAGAGGGAACGGCAAGAAGAAAUUCAGAGGAAGGAGUGGGAACAAAGAGAGAAGCAAAGUAAAUCUAAAUUAGAAAAGAUAAAAACUUUAGGCAGAAAAUUACCAGAGAGCAAAGAAGACAUACAAAAAGAACGAGAGGCCUGGGAGAAAGAACGAAAAGAAUGGUGGGAGAAAUGGCUUAAAGAAGAUAAACAGAAACAAGAGGAGGAGCAAGCACGACUGAAAAAGCUCAGAGAAGAGUACGAGCAGGAAAGAAACGAAUAUGAACUCAGGAAAAGGGAAGAAGACCGAGUCAGAAGAGAACAGGAGGAAAAAGAAUGGAGAGAAUUACAAGAAAACUUUCAAAAGAAAGUCAACAAAAAUGAAGAGGAAGCCAGAAAGCAAGCAGAGGAGUUCAACGAAUUCAAAGAGAAAUAUAUGAAUCUGGUCAAGAAGCAUGAAAAGGAAGUGGAGGACAUGAAGCAGCAGCAACAGAAGAACAAUGAAUCUGUGAUUAAACAACUGGGAGUGAACAAGGCGUUUCAAAAAGACAUCGAUCAGCUGAAGAAAAGACAAGAACAAGAAAUGAGCGACCUAAUACAAACUGGUCCGACUCAAGACCAAAUCGACUUACUUAGCCAAGCACACGACGCAGAAAUAAAUGAGUGGAUACAGAAACACGUCAGGAUGGCCUCACAGGGGAAAACCUGCUGCAUUUUAUGACAAGUUUAAAGAAUAUGUUGUUGGUUAAGAUUAACUUAGGAGUGAUGGUGAUAAAUGAACAGAAAGUGAAACCAGCAACUUAACUGAUGGGCAGGGAGUUAGCACCCCUAUCUAACCACAUGAGGUUAGAUAGAGAUAGUUGGGUAUCAGGGUUUUAUGUAUAAGUGCAUGUGAGGUGUUUGGUUAUGUCUUUGUGUAACUGUAUUAAUCUGGUCUGUCGAGUCACAACAUUCAGAGACAUCUUUGUCUUGUGAUCUGAUAUUAUAUCGCUAGUAAUCAGUGCAGUUUCAUGUUCAGUUAUGGCAUCAGAUAAAAGACCCACAGAAAGCGUAACUUUUCUGCAUGUGGGUGUAUUAGAGUGUUAAGUUAAUUAUAAUGUGUGCAACAGAAUAAAAAUCACCUGAAAUAAAUAAUACAACUCAGACUAUAGGACUAAACAGCAGACAGCAAUGUGCCCAAAUUGCACGUCUAUAAAAUUUCAGGCUGUUCAUUAAAUAUUUUAUAAAAGAAUAGUUCAUUAAAUGCAAACAUUUCUAUAAUGUACUUCUUUGCUGCUUUGCACUAAAACGGGAGAAAUCUG